GCUGGGUACAGUGAACUUUAUUGAUGGUGCACAACAAAGUAGGGCUCCCUAUGCCCCUCCCCUUCUCCAGGGGGUCUGGGAUGGAAACAGUGGUUAGGAGAUUCUCAGUGUGUUGGGGGACCGGUCUGGGGCAAGGACUCCCCAGCAGCUGAGGGCCUCUCUUCCUCUUGCUGGGGCUGGUGGUCCAGGGGACUCUUAACUCCUUGGAGGCCAUGUGGACCAUAAGGUCCACCACCCUGUUGCUGUAGCCAUAUUCAUUGUCAUACCAGGAAAUGAGCUUGACAAAGUGGUCAUUGAGGGCAAUGCCAGCCCCAGCAUCAAAGGUGGAGGAGUGGGUAUCACUGUUAAAGUCGCAGGAGACAACCUGGUCCUCAGUACAGCCCAGGAUGCCUUUGAGGGGCCCUCUGAUGCCUGCUUCACUUCCUUCUUGAUAUCAUCGUAUUUGGCAGCUUUCUCCAGGCGGCAGGUCAGAUCCACAACCUACACACUAGGGGUGGAGACACGGAAGGCCAUGCCAGUGAGCUUCCCAUUCAGCUCAGGGAUGACCUUGCCCACAGCCUUGGCAGUGCCAGUAGAAGCAGGGAUGAUGUUCUGGGCAGCCCCUUGGCCAUCACGCCACAGCUUCCCAAAGGGGCCAUCCAUGGUCUUCUGGGUGGCAGUGAUGGCAUGGACUGUGGUCAUGAGUCCCUCCACGAUGCCAAAGUUGUUUGGAUGACCUUGGCCAGGGGGCCAAGCAUUUGGUGGUGCAGGACGCAUUGCUGACAAUCUUGAGGGAGUUGUCACACUUGUCAUGGUUCACACCCAUCACAAACAUGGGGGCAUCCGCAGAAGGGGAAGAGAUGAUGACCCUCUUGGCUCCGCCCUUCAAGUGAGCCCCAGCCUUCUCCAUGGUAGUGAAGACACCGGUGGACUCCACAACAUACUCGGCACCAGCAUCAUCCCAUUUGAUGUUGGCGGGAUCUCGCUUCCCGUUGAUGACAAGCUUCCCAUUCUCAGCCUUGACUGUGCCUUUGAACUUGCCAUGCGUAGAAUCCUACUGGAACAUGUAGACCAGGUACAGAUGAUGCAGAAUGUACACCUGGCCCCAGAGACAGAUGAAGAUGACCUUUAUUCUGGUUACAAUGACUACAAUCCAACCUAUGAUACCGAGGAAUUGGAGAAUGACACAGCUUUUCAGCAAGCUGUGAGAACCAAUCAUGGCAGAAGACCUCCAAUAACUGCUAAAAUACCAAGCACAGCAGUUACUAGACCUGUAGCUACUGGAUAUGGGUCCAAGACAUCCCUGACAUCAUCAAUGGGAAGACCAGUGACAGGGGCUAUCCAGGAUGGAGUUACUAGACCUAUGACAGCAGUGAGAGCAGCUGGUUUUACCAAAGCAGCUUUGAGAGGUUCUGCAUUUGACCCCCUUGGUCAGUCAAGAGGCCCUGCUCCUCCUUUGGAAACCAAGAACGAAGAUAGUCCAGAAGAAAAGAUUAGACAGUUAGAGAAGAAAGUAAAUGAGUUGGUCGAAGAAAGUUGUAUUGCCAACAGUUGUGGAGACUUAAAACUGGCCUUAGAAAAGGCAAAAGACGCAGGAAGAAAAGAGAGAGUGUUGGUGAGACAGCGUGAGCAGGUGACAACUCCAGAAAACAUCAAUCUGGAUUUAACUUACUCAGUUCUGUUCAACUUGGCCAGUCAAUAUUCAGCUAAUGAAAUGUAUGCUGAAGCACUAAACACAUAUCAAGUUAUAGUGAAAAAUAAGAUGUUUAUCAAUGCAGGAAGAUUGAAAGUGAAUAUGGGAAAUAUUUAUUUAAAGCAAAGAAAUUAUUCCAAAGCCAUUAAAUUCUACCGAAUGGCAUUAGAUCAAAUUCCAAGUGUCCAUAAAGAAAUGAGGAUUAAAAUUAUGCAGAACAUUGGAGUUACAUUUAUUAAAACUGGCCAGUACUCUGAUGCCAUUAAUUCGUUUGAGCACAUAAUGAGCAUGGCACCAAACCUGAAGGCUGGCUUCAACCUCAUUCUCAGUUACUUUGCUGUUGGAGAUCGAGAGAAAAUGAAGAAGGCUUUCCAAAAACUGAUUGCUGUUCCAUUAGAAAUUGAUGAAGAUGAUAAAUACAUUUCACCAAGUGAUGAUCCACAUACUAACUUAGUGAUUGAAGCUAUAAAAAAUGAUCAUCUAAGGCAAAUGGAACGUGAAAGAAAAGCCAUGGCUGAAAAAUACAUCAUGACAGCUGCAAAACUCAUUGCUCCUGUAAUUGAAACAUCUUUUGCUGUAGGAUAUGAUUGGUGUGUCGAAGUUGUGAAAGCUUCUCAAUAUGUAGAGCUAGCAAAUGACCUGGAAAUAAACAAAGCAAUUACAUAUUUGAGACAAAAGGACUUUAACCAAGCUAUAGAGACUUUGAAAAUGUUUGAAAAAAAGGACAGUAGAGUAAAAAGUGCAGCUGCAACCAACCUCUCAUUCCUGUAUUAUUUGGAAAAUGACUUUGCACAAGCCAGCAGCUAUGCAGAUUUAGCUGUAAACUCUGAUAGAUAUAAUCCAUCUGCUCUUACUAACAAAGGGAAUACAGUGUUUGCAAAUGGUGAUUAUGAGAAGGCAGCUGAAUUCUAUAAAGAGGCUCUGAGAAAUGAUUCUUCUUGUACUGAAGCACUUUAUAAUAUUGGCCUUACCUAUAAGAAGCUAAACCGGCUUGACGAGGCUUUGGACUGUUUCCUGAAGCUUCAUGCAAUCCUGAGAAACAGCGCUCAAGUUUUGUACCAAAUAGCCAAUGUAUAUGAAUUAAUGGAAGAUCCCAGUCAAGCUAUUGAAUGGUUAAUGCAGCUGAUCAGUGUUGUUCCAACUGAUUCUAGAGCUCUGUCUAAACUAGGAGAAUUAUAUGAUAGUGAAGGAGAUAAGUCGCAAGCAUUUCAAUACUACUAUGAGUCAUACAGGUAUUUCCCUUCUAACAUUGAAGUCAUUGAGUGGCUUGGAGCCUAUUAUAUUGACACCCAAUUUUGUGAAAAAGCCAUUCAGUACUUUGAAAGAGCUGCUCUUAUACAACCCACGCAAGUGAAAUGGCAGCUGAUGGUAGCUAGUUGUUUUAGAAGAAGUGGUAACUACCAAAAAGCAUUAGAUACUUAUAAAGAUAUUCACAGAAAAUUUCCAGAAAAUGUUGAAUGUCUGCGUUUCUUGGUUCGUCUCUGCACAGAUAUUGGAUUAAAAGAAGUUCAAGAAUAUGCAACAAAACUCAAGAGAUUGGAAAAAAUGAAAGAAAUAAAAGAACAGCGUAUAAAGUCUGGCAGAGAUGGCCCCGGAGGUUCCCGCAGCAAGAGAGAGGGAAGUGCUGGCAGUGAUAGUGGCCAGAACUGUAGUGCCAAUAGUAAAGGUGAACAGCUAAGUGCCAAACUCAGAGCUUUACCCGGGACAAACGAGCCUUAUGAAAGUAGCAGUCACAAAGAAAUAGAUGCCUCAUAUGUGGAUCCACUUGGCCCUCAAGUAGAAAGACCAAAGACUGCAGCCAAGAAAAGACUGGAGGAGGAUGAUUUUGCUGAUGAAGAGUUAGGAGAUGAUUUGCUUCCAGAAUAAUAUGUACAUUAUGUUAUUUAUUAAAGGAAAGAAAUUACCUUGCAAGAUAAUACCCAUGUUAAAACCUUGGAUUAGAUAUACAAACUUUAAUUUUGUACACUUCCAAAGUUUUUAAUAAGUGUAUUGUGUUCUGUGAGUAUAGGUUUAAGUCUUGUUUUGUUUUUAAUGGAAAAAAAACAUGUGAAAGUAAUCCGUUAACCUAUGACUUCCUUACCCUUUUUAAAACAUUGACCUCCACCCCACCCCCCCGAGUAAGUAAUGAAUUUUGUUGGACAACCAGUUAUCACUCACACACACGUGCAUAAAAAUUAUCUUUAAUACUG